AUGUCCAACUCCGGGGGUUCUCUUACUGAGAAGGAUAUGGGCCAUGCGACCGGCGCGGCGCCGAACGCCCAUGGGCCUGCCACCGGUCACUACCGGGGUGGAUACGAUCCCCGGAACCCAAUGGCCAACAUCCACGCCGGCGACGAGCCCAGGCUCCCAGCCUUCGGUGGUGAAUUCCAGCCCGGUCUCUGGCGGCCUGUGGAGAAGCGCCAGUUCGCCAACCCGGCGCCUCUGGGUCUGAGUGCUUUCGCUCUCACCACUUUCGUCCUUUCGGCUAUCAAUCUGGGCACUCGCGGUGUCAAUGUUCCCAACAUUGUUGUUCCCCUUGCCUUUGGCUAUGGUGGCUUGGUCCAGCUCCUGGCUGGUAUGUGGGAGAUGGUUGUUGGCAACACCUUUGGUGCUACCGCCUUGUCAUCCUAUGGUGGUUUCUGGAUUGCUUGGGGCCUCUUGCUCACUCCUCACUGGAACAUCCUUGGCGACGAGGGCCCUUACAAGACUGAUGCCAUCACCUCCUCUGAUCCCAUGAUGUACGAGUCGGCCAUGGGUUUCUUCCUCACAGGCUGGUUCAUCUUUACGACAAUCCUCCUCCUGUGCACACUGCGUUCGACCGUCAUGUUCUUCCUCCUUUUCUUCACCCUCGACCUCUGCUUCCUCAUGCUUGCCUGCUCCCACUACUCUCACUCGAACGGGAACACUGAGAUGUACCACACCCUCACCAAGGCUGGCGGUGGCUUCGGUAUGGUCGCAGCCUUUUUGGCCUGGUACAAUGCAUUUGCCGGUAUUGCCGAUAGCAGCAACUCUUUCUUCCUCAUUCCUGUCUUCCACUUCCCCUGGUCUGAGAAGGGUCGCGAGGCCAGACUCGCUCGCGCCGCUACCCGGGAGACUCGGGACUCGGCUUAAAAGAAACGUCACGACACGCAUGUUGGCAUCAUUUUUUAUGAAUGAUUUCGGUUCUUGGAAUGGAUACAUUCACGGUUGAACACAGCACCGUGGAUGAUGGGAAACGUUAUAUUUAUAUCUAUAUUUUUUUUUUGAUUUUAUCCUGAGCAAAGUUUCCUGAACCUGGACAUAGUUGGUUUUAACUAAUGGCGUUGACGAGAACAAUGGAUGACGGAUGGAGCUUUUUGUCUUUUUUUUUUUUGGUUGAAUUAAGCAAGCGAACUGCAAAAGGCGCAGCGUGGGCAGCAUCAAAAGCUUUGGGAUACUGAACGAUUACAUACCAAUAUAUCACACAGUACAUACCUACCUGACUUACAUGCUAAUCCAAAAGUUUCAUGAUUGGCAGAUGUGCAACA